AUGCCUGAUGUUAUUGCCAUGCCUGAUGAUAUUGCCAGACCUGAUGAUAUUGCCAGAUCUGAUGAUAUUGCCAGAUCUGAUGAUAUUGUCAGGCUUGAAGAUAUUGCCAGACCUGAUGAUAUUGCCAGACCUGAUGUUAUUACAAGACCUGAUGAUAUUACCAGAUCUGUUGGAAUUGCCAUACCUGAUGAUAUUGCAAGAUCUGAUGAUAUUGCCAGACCUGAUGAUAUUGUCAGACCUGAUGAUAUUGCCAGACCUGAUGAUAUUGCCAGAUCUGAUGAUAUUGCAAGACUUGAUGAUAUUGCCAGACUUGAUGAUAUUGCCAGAUCUGAUGAUAUUGCAAGACCUGAUGAUAUUGCCAGACUUGAUGAUAUUGCCAGAUCUGAUGAUAUUGCAAGACCUGAUGAUAUUACCAGACCUGAUGAUAUUACCAGACUUGAUGAUAUUGCCAGACCUGAUAAUAUUGCAAGACCUGAUGAUAUUACCAGACCUGAUGAUAUUGCCAGACUUGAUGAUAUUGCCAGAUCUGAUGAUAUUGCAAGACCUGAUGAUAUAACCAGACCUGAUGAUAUUACCAGACUUGAUGAUAUUGCCAGACCUGAUGAUAUUGCAAGAUCUGAUGAUAUUGCCAGAUCUGAUGAUAUUGCAAGACCUGAUGAUAUUGCCAGACCUGAUGAUAUUGUCAGAUCUGAUGAUAUUGUCAGACCUGAUGAUAUUGCAAGACCUGAUGAUAUUAACAGAUCUGUUGAUAUUGCAAGACCUGAUGAUAUUACCAGACCUGAUGAUUUUACCAGAUCUGUUGGUAUUGCCAGAUCUGAUGAUAUUGCCAGACCUAAUGAUAUUGUCAGGCUUGAUGAUAUUGCCAGACCUGAUGAUAUUGCCAAACCUGAUGAUAUUGCCAGACUUGAUGAUAUUGCCAAACCUGAUGAUAUUGUCAGGCUUUGA